GGGGUGCGACCGAAUCCAUCGUUGAGGGGAGGGGAAGGGAAGCUUCUUUUGCCGUACCCUUUGUCUGCGAUCUCCGCCAACCUCCCAAAUCCACGCAUCGCCGCGGCAGUAGCGGGCGGCUGCUACGAGAUCGUCGGCGCCGUAGAUCUAGCACCCCUUCCCCGCGGAGAUGAAGAUUACGGCGCUCCUCGUGCUGAAGCCGUCGUCCUCCGGGGCUGGGGGAUCCUCGUCCACGGCGCCUGUCGGCGGCGGGUCGGGCGGCGCCGAGGCGGUGGUGCUGGCGAACGCGACGGACGUGAGCCACUUCGGGUUCUUCCAGCGGAGCGCCGCGCGCGAGUUCAUCGUCUUCGUCGCCCGCACUGUCGCCCAGCGCACCCAGCCAGGCCAGCGCCAGUCCGUCCAGCACGAAGAAUACAAGGUCCACUCACACAACAGAAAUGGCCUUUGCGCAGUUGCAUUUAUGGAUGAUCACUAUCCUGUACGAAGUGCAUUUUCUCUUCUGAAUAAGGUACUUGACGAAUACCAGAAGGCUUUCGGGGACUCAUGGAAAGCUGCUACAAAAGAUGCAACAGAUUCUGCCCAACAGUGGCCUUUUCUGACAGAUGCUUUGACAAAAUUUCAGGAUCCUGCAGAAGCUGACAAGUUAAUGAAAAUCCAGAGGGACUUGGAUGAAACAAAAAUUAUCCUACAUAAAACUAUUGAUAGUGUACUCCAAAGAGGGGAAAGAUUGGAUAGCCUGGUUGAGAAGAGCUCAGACCUGAGUGCUGCUUCACAGAUGUUCUACAAGCAGGCAAAGAAAACAAACCAAUGCUGUACUAUACUCUGAAGUUUGGACUUUCCUGUCCUAUAUCAUGUUUGCAAGAUGAAUGCUUCAGAAAAUCGACCUAUAUUGUUGUGUUCUGUAAGAUCAACUGCCAUGAAGCGUGUCCAAGUUUAAAGACUGUCAAAACUGUUAUUCUUUGGUGAUGAAGGGACCUUCCAGGGUUUAUGUUCCAGAGCAACUAACAAAUUCAUUGAACUGCAAUGUCUCGCUCAGCAAUCGCCAACAUCUUUGUUUUCGCUGAACAGAUCGUUGAAUCUUCAAAGCAUGUUGGAGUACACGCUCUGUUUGCUACUCGUAAUUGAUGUUAUUAAUAUGAUUGGUAUUUGUCAUCUCUA